AUGGAUAACUUGGAGCACCGUGCCGUAAUUAAGUUUUUCGUGAAAAAAGGUUUAACACCUAUAGAAAUUUUUACGGAAAUGAAGAAUGUGUUGGACGAUAAUGCGCCAUCAUAUACGACAGUGAAAAAAUGGGCAGCUGAGUUUAAACAUGGUCAUACCAGCUUGCAAGACAACUCGCGUAGUGGCCGUCCAAAAACUGCAACGACAGAAGAAAUCAUGAUCAAAGUGCACAAUAUUGUGUUACAAGAUCGUCGAUUAAAAGUAUCUGAAAUUGCUAGAGAUGUGGGCAUUUCAGAUGAACGAGUACAUCAUAUCCUAACUAAAGAAUUAGGCAUGAAAAAGCUGUCGGCAAGAUGGGUGCCGCGGUUGUUAACUGAAAGUUUAAAGCACAUUCGAAUGCAAGAUUCCCAAGACUGUUUGGAUCGUUUUAAGAAGAAUACCACGGACUUUAUUCGUCGAUUUGUGACCACAGAUGAAACUUGGAUUCAUCAUUACACUCCAGAGUCAAAAGAACAAUCAGAGCAGUGGAAACGUAGCGGUUCUCCGCCACCAAAGAAGGCAAAAUCAAUUUUAUCCGCUGGAAAAGUUAUGGCUUCAAUUUUUUGGGAUGCCAAAGGAAUAUUACUGGUUAACUACCUCCCUAGAGGUCGUACGAUUACUGGACAAUAUUAUUCUAAUCUUUUAGAUCAAUUGGUUGAAGCAAUUCGUGAAAAAAGACCAGACGAUGAACUUAUAGCUGCAGUAAACGUCUACUUUGAAGACCUUCAAGAAAAGGACUUCCGAGAUGGUAUAACAGGACUAGAGCAUCGCUGGAUGAACUGUAUCGAAGUUCAAGGAGAUUAUGUCGAAAAAUAA